AUGUACUGCGCGGAAUAUCAGGGGGCCUGCGCACCGGCUGACUUUCCUUGUGUUCGGGUGGUUGCCAGCGUCAUGGGCCCUGCGGGCGCAGGGAAGAGCACGUUCAUCAAUACCGCCACGAAUGCCAACAAGAUGCCCGUCGAGCACUCUCUCGGCGCUCACAGCCAAUACAUCAGCAGCAUUGAAUGCACGUACCCUGGCGACGAAGAAGGGCGCUGUAUAGUCUUCGUCGACACGCCGAGCCUCGACUACGACAGCUCUACAGCAGCUAACGCGGAGGCCCAAAUUCAUAAAUGGUUGGCCCGAACUUAUCCCAGACGCACGCACGUAGACGGCAUCCUCUUUCUGUACAAAAUCUCGGCCACACGAGCAACCGAGACAAUGUCUCCCUUAACAUACACUCGAAUCUUUGAAGCCCUCCUGGGCCACGACUACAUGAAGAAACUCAUGCUCGUAACGACGAUGUGGAAUCCCAACGAAAUGGAGGAAUGCCUCAAACGAGAGAGUAAGAUGAAGUGGGGCUUCCAUAUGGAGAGGUUUGACCAAACAAUCGAAAGUGCCUGGAAGGUCGUGGAUACUAUGUUAGGCCGGCACCCAAAAUUGUGCAGUGUCAUGUCGAGGAGUCCUGACAUUGGCGAUGUCACGGAGGAGCAUAUCAUCAUCGCCGUGAUGGGGCAGCAUGGGGCAGGGAAGAGUUCUUUCAUCAACACCGUGACUUCAAGUAAUUUCAUGAACGUCAGCGACGGUUUGCACUCAGGAACAAAAGAUCUGGGCAUCGUGAAAUUUCGCUGCGAUCAAAGCGACCUGGAUUUUAUAUUUAUCGACACGCCCGGCUGCGACAGUGUGGAAGAAGUCAGGCAAGUACUCGACAAAGUCUCUGUAUGGCUCAAGACCUGCUACAAAAGGAAUGUCAAACCUACCGGCGUACUCUGGCUCCACCGUAUCGUCGAUAACUGGUUCAAUCCUGAGCAGAUCCCCAUUUACUUCAAACGCGCAUGCGCUGAAAAGGCGAUUCAUAAUUUGGCAUUCGUUACUACUAUGUGGGAUGAAUACUCCUCCGCGAUGCACCCUACCGAUCAAUGGGAAAAGGACAUCCUAUCGCGGCACUGGAAACCCCUUAUCGACAAGGGCUGCAAGACGUACAGGUAUACAGGGUCGGAGGAGUCUGCUUGGGAUAUCAUGGACGCGUUCUGCGUCCGUGGUGGUGAGAAGUACGACCGGGAACUGCAGAGGGAGAUGGUGCGGCUGAGGAAAAUGCUGUGUCAGGGUGAGGGUAAUGGUGGUUGUGUAGAUAGUGCAAAAGGCACUGAGCUGUUUGCGAAGUUGUGGGUGUUCGUGAACAAGGAGCGGGGGACCAUGCGCCAUAUCCGAGCCUUAACCAGACAUGGGGCGAAAGACGGCGACCUUCUGGCGUUAAGAUACUCCCAGAUGGUGCUGCGGCGGCAGGUCCACAGCACCGUGGAGGAGGCGAAGCUUCUCGGCGUAUCUAUCGGACAACACGUUGGUAGAAUAUCUUCAUCUUAUUCACAUCCGGAAGGGAGGGCAACUUUGAUCCUCCCUGGAGAAGAGGUCAAGCCCACUUACAUAUCAUGA